AUGAGAGAAUUACUCUCCAUAAUAGAAAAAACAAUAAAUCAUAAUAAUGAUAUAGCAGAGUUUAAUAGUAUAUAUCCAAAUAAUAAUACCAAACCAGGGUUCACCGGUGAUAGUGGUCAAAAUGGGAAUGAAGUAGAGUUAGCAUCAUUGACAACUAUAUUUAUUGUAAUGGGUUCAAUUUAUGGGGUUUUAUUAUUUGCUCCAAUCAUACAAUUCCUUCGUAUUUAUUUCAUAGGUUUCCCUUUAAGAAGAGUAACAACUCAAAAAACAUUUUUAACCUUAUUAUUUUUAACAUGUACAUUUAGAACAGUUUUCUUUUUUUCAGUUGCAUUUUCAAGUUCUAAAGCUGGCACUUUUAAUCUAGGUAAAUUUAGUCUUGAAAGAUUUACAAUUUUAGAUGAUCUUGGAUGUAUAUCAUUUUUUACAACAUUUUGUUUAUUAAUUUUAUUUUGGAUUGAAAUUGUUUAUCAUUCAAGAAAUAAAACAAAGUUAUAUAAAGCUAGAGUUAAACCAUUAUUUUUCUUAUCAAUUGGCGUUAUUUAUAUUUUACAAAUUAUAAUAUGGAUAUGUAUUUUUGCAAUCUCAAGAGAUCAUAGAGAUCAAAUCGAUAAAGCAGACAAUACAUUUUAUGCAACUAUUUCAUUAUGUGCAAGUUUAGCAUUCUUUUAUUAUGGUUGUAAAUUAUCAUUAAAACUUAAAAGACAUCCACUUCAUUCAAGAAAUCAAAGAAAGAAAUUCAUUGAGGUUGUUAUAUUUACAUUAUUAUGCACUUUCUGUUUUUUAGGAAGAUCAUUAUUAUUUUUAAUCGUUUCAUACUAUCCAAAACUACAUGUAAACUUUUUAAGUGUUUCAAUUUAUUAUGCAGUUAGUGAAGUAGUCCCAUCAAUAUUUGUUAUUAUAUUAUUUAGAAAAAUGCCACCAAAACCGGCAACAACUCAAGCAUACUCUCCACACAGUAUAAACUCAAUAAACAAACCAAUUAGAUACAAAUCUCAAGAUUUAGAAAGAGCCAACUAUGAUAAAGAAUUUAGUGACAGUGAAAAAGCCUCGCUAAUCAAUUAA